AAGGUAAUAGUUGAUUAUAUACUUAAUCUAGAUAUACCUAGAUUUACACCUACCUAUACUACUAUAUAUAAUAUAGCUAAUAGACUAUUAGCUACGCGUACUCUAUAUAAAGAUCUAGUCUUGAUUAAGAGCUAUAUAUAUAAUAAAGAUAUCUAUAACUUUAAUAAAGAUAGCUUUAUAAUAGAUAAGAUUACUACU